AUGCAAGCUUUAGUGCAAGCUUACGAGGAAAUGCCCCCCGUUACAAGGGUUUACACGACAGCUUGCGUGAUCACUACAAUUGCUGUGCAACUCGAAUUCGUCACACCAUUUCAUCUUUAUUUCAAUUGGAAUCUGAUCUUACAUGAAUAUCAGUUUUGGCGUAUAAUCACAUCGUUUUGUUUCUUCGGUUCGUUUGGAUUUAGUUUUUUAUUCAAUAUGAUCUUCACGUAUCGAUAUUGUAUGAUGUUGGAAGAGGGUUCAUUUCGUGGAAGAAGAGCUGAUUUUGUAUUUAUGUUCCUUUAUGGAGCUGUGUUCAUGAUAAUCUGUGGUACGUUUGUUCACAUGGUUUUCUUGGGACAAGCUUUCACGAUGAUGCUCGUCUAUGUGUGGAGUAGAAGAAAUCCGUACAUUCCGAUGAAUUUCUUUGGAGUUCUCAGUUUCACUGCACCUUAUUUACCGUGGGUGUUGCUGUUGUUUUCAUUACUUCUCGGCAACAAUGCGAUCGUUGAUUUUAUGGGUAUUGCAUGCGGUCAUUUCUACUAUUUCUUAGAAGACGUAUUUCCACCACUACAAAAUGGAUUUCGAUUUCUCAAAACACCAGAAAUACUAAAGUGGCUAUUCGAUCCACCUCCACCAGUACCUGUUCCUGAAGACGAGCGACCUGGUGGUUAUAACUGGGGUGAAGAGUAA